UGAAGAGCUGCGGACGGUCCACAGCGCGGGACAUGACAUCCGAGGUUUAAACUCCAGCAGCUUUAUUCCGGCCCAAGAUGACGGUGGACUUUGAAGAAUGUAUUAAAGAUUCACCCCGUUUUCGGGCAAAUAUCGAUGAAGUGGAGACUGAGGUGGUGGAGAUUGAGGCAAAACUGGACAAGCUGGUGAAACUAUGCAGUGGGAUGAUUGAAGCAGGGAAGGCGUAUGUCAGCGCCAACAAGCUCUUCAUCAGCGGCAUCCGGGAUCUUUCUCAGCAAUGCAAGAAGGAUGUGAUGAUGUCGGAGUGCCUUGAUAAGUGUGGGGAGAGCCUCCAGGUCAUCAACUACCACAUGAUACUGUUUGAUCAAGCUCAGCGGUCUGUAAAGCAGCAGUUGCACAACUUUGUGAAAGAGGAUGUACGCAAGUUCAAGGACACCAAGAAGCACUUUGACAGGGUCCGUGAGGAUCUGGAAAUUGCCCAGGUGAAGAAUGCACAGGCACCACGGAAUAAGCCUCAUGAGGUUGAAGAAGCCAGCAGCACGUUGAGCAUCACCCGCAAGUGCUUCCGACACCUCACCCUGGAUUAUGUACUUCAGAUCAAUGUCCUCCAGGCAAAGAAGAAAUUUGAGAUCUUAGAUGCGAUGCUGUCAUUCAUGCACGCACAAUACUCACUGUUCCAGCAAGGACACAACCUGCUCAAUGAGCUCGAUCCUUAUAUGAAGAAACUGGCUGCUGAGCUGGAUCAGCUGGUGAUUGACUCGGCCAUGGAGAAGAGGGAAAUGGAACACAACCAUGCAACCAUCCAGCAGAGGACGCUCAUGCAGGACUUCUCUUAUGAUGACGCAAAGGCAGAGUUCAACGUGGAUGCCCCUAAUGGUGUGGUGAUGGAGGGCUAUCUCUUCAAGCGGGCUAGCAAUGCCUUUAAAACCUGGAACAGACGAUGGUUCUCCAUUCAGAACAGCCAGCUGGUCUAUCAAAGAAAUUCAAGGCAAGACACUCUGACUGUGGUCGUGGAAGACCUCAGGCUUUGCUCUGUGAAACCAUGCGAGGACAUCGAGAGGAGGUUCUGCUUUGAAGUCGGUCUCCCCCCACCAAGUAAGAGCUGCAUGCUGCAGGCUGACUCUGAAAAGCUGAGACAAGCCUGGGUCCAAGCAGUCCAAGCGAGCAUUGCCUCAGCGUACAGAGAGAGUCCAGACACCUAUUAUAUAGAGCAUCUGGACAGAACAGCGUCCCUAUCUACAAGCAGCAUCGAUUCAGCUAGUGAACCGCGGGAGCGCAGCGUUCGAGGGGAGUCCAUCCUGCAGCGGAUUCAGUGUCUGCCAGGCAACGAGCACUGCUGUGACUGUGGACAGGCCGAACCUCGCUGGGCUUCCAUCAACCUGGGCAUCCUGCUGUGCAUCGAAUGUUCCGGCAUCCACAGGAGUUUGGGAGUUCACUGUUCAAAGGUUCGCUCACUUACACUGGACUCAUGGGAACCAGAAUUACUAAAGUUAAUGUGUGAGCUUGGAAACAUUGUCAUUAACCACAUUUACGAAGGCUCGUGCAGAGAUCAGGGGCUAAAGAAACCUUUACCAUCCAGUUCAAGGCAGGAAAAAGAAGCUUGGAUUAAGGCCAAGUAUGUGGAGAAGAAAUUCCUGAAGAAGCUGGGCUCCACAGAGAUACUCAUCAAUGGUGAGAGGAAGUCUGAACAUCAGUGGAGCGCGAAGAAGUGUCGGAGACACAACAGCGCCACCACGGUGUCCAAAACGCGGCAAAGAUACCGUCAAGAACUUGGAAGCACUUCUCCUUCCACCCUCUCCUCUGCAGCUGCAAAAUUCAGACGAGACUCUCUGUUUUGCCCCGAUGAGCUGGACUCUCUCUUCUCCUACUUCGAUACAGGAUCUGGGCCCCGAAGUCCGGCAGGUUUAAGCAGCGACAGCGGGUUGGGAGGCAGCACUGAUGGAAGCAUUGACAUCUUGGUGUUUGGCUCAGUGGUGAACAGCGUCACAGAGGAGGAGUGCGAAGUGUCCGAUGACUCGGGUGGCGACGCUGAGCUGGAAGCUGAGCCAGAGACAUCAGACGUAGAAGACAUGACGGACCUUCAUCCUGGAGCCCUGCUCUACAAAGCCUCAAGGGCCCACCUGCCUGUCAUGGCUGAAGCGCUGGCCCACGGGGCCAACGUGAAUUUAGUGAACACUGAGGAUGAAGGAAAGUACGCCGCUUUCCAGGCUGUUAUUGGGGGAUCAUUGAUAGCCUGCGAGUUCCUGCUCCAGAAUGCUGCCGAUGUCAACCAAAGAGACACGAGAGGGCGUGGCCCGCUGUAUCACGCCACCUCUCUGGGACACACAGGGCAGGUAUGUUUAUUCCUGAAAAGAGGAGCUACACAGAAUGACGGGGAUGAGGAUGGCCAGGAUCCUUUGACUAUAGCUGUACAACAAGCCAAUGCCGACAUCGUCACACUACUACGUCUAGCCAGAAUGAACGAGGAGAUGCGGGAGUCAGAGGGACCCUUUGGCCAACCAGGAGACACCAUGUACCUUGACAUCUUCAGAGAAUUUUCCCACAUGGCAUCUCACAACCCAGAGAAGCUGAAGCGAAGGAGUGUUCACUUCCGGCACUCCUUCAGGUAGAACAGCAAGACUCUGCACGGGAAGGAACAAGAAACAUACUUGAAAAGUGCAGCAGCCACUUUUUUGCCAUGCAUUUAGAAGGGUCACAUUUGUUCAGCCUCACUCGGGAUCCUGAGCUCUGAAUGUGAACCGCUAACAGGCCUCACGGACUCUUUGCUGUUUUAACUGGAUCAAACAGCUCGUGUGUAUAUGGAGUAACAAGAGUGACAAAAAAAAUCCAUACAUGUGACAUAUGAAGAGAAAUCAAAACAAAGGGUUGUAAAUGAAGCAAAUAUAGAAAUAAAAAGCCCAGCUGCUUUUACAUUUCCUUAUUCUUUUCCCAAAUGUUUUUGAAGAGCCAAGCUGUCAAUCAACUGGCUUUGGGUGGGGCUUCCUGUCUAGGCUGAGCAGUCGAUUGGUGUUCACGUGAUUCAUGUUUGUGUGAGAGCACAGAACAGGAAGUACACUCUUUGUGUUUUGUUUUGUUUUUUUCUUGUGACCAUGUGCACAGUUUUCAGUGCGGAAGGUUGCCGGUUCAAACCCCACUCCUGGUUUUUCUCCAUGUAAUGUGGAGUUUGUCAGGAGGGGCAUCAGGUGUAAAACUUGUGCCAAAUCAACAUACAGAUCCACCUCAGUGACCCCGAAUGAAACGAGGAAGAGGCCGAAGAGACUUUUAAUGUAGUUGUUUGUAUAAUGAACUUAACUUUCUGAGUUUUCUAAAGUAUUAAACACAUAUUCAAACUCUUCUCUAUAGCACCACUGGUUUCUGGAGAAGAACACAAAGUUGUGUCAGCUGCCAGUUGCAAUCCAGCGGCUUCGCUUUUCCAGAAAUGCAGGAUUUUUGCUGUGAAAAUGUGCACACAACAAUUUCCGGUAAAGACAAGAGCAUUGCCUGUUUUUUGAGAAAUUCACCCAAAAUAACUGGUCUGAAAAGGAAGAAAGUGCUUCAUAUUGGUCGUUUUUGUGCUGCUCCAUUGUGCCGCAUAGAAUUUGGGAAGGAUACGGAUCCUGGGAUCAAGUGAUACUACAGAUUCCCACACAAAGAACCAACAAAGGCUGCACCAAACCGGAGCAUGUUCCUUGUAGUUCUCAGACAAAAUCACACACUCGAUGUCGCAAUAUUUUGAAAUGUGAGGCCACUGGAUGCUUGCACGAGGCAUCAGAGCAUCACCAGCCUUUCAUGUUAAAAAGGGUUUUUUGUUUUGUUUUUUUUGUGACAUUUAACGAAACCCCGCCCAAAAACUACUUGAUUGACAGCUUGGCCUGCCAAAAAAUAACAAAAGCAACAGGAAAACAAAGCACUUUUUCAUUAUUCAUACAUUGAUUCUUGUUUUUAAAUUUAUCUUUGUAUUUGUAUUCUCUUCAUAUUUCUGCAUUUGUUGUCUUAUUUGUUUUACAGAUUUAUUCUUUUGUCACUCCCGUAGCUCCACAUGUAAAAUGGACUAUUUUUGAAUAAAGCUGAUAUUUUACCAGUGAGCAGUUUAAAAUUGUCCAUAUGAUUAGUUUUGGUUAUUUAAAAAUGUUUAAUGAUGAGCAUUUUGUAUGAAUGCAUUUAAAGAUAAAAUGAAGGAAUCAGCUUUGUCAUUCUAUUCUUUGAACUCGGAGCUAUAAUGAGGAUUUGGGGAGCUGCACUAUAGGUUUGUGCUGUUGUCUUAAAAACUUUUUUAACUUAAUUUAGAGUUCUGAUUUUGUAUGAGGAUUUGCUGGUCUUGUCCUCUUAUAAACAUGAUUGAAUAAAGGUUUUGUACAGUCUUUUUUUUGUAUAAAAUGUCAAGCACAACAAAAUGUACUGUCAUUAGUUCGGUAUUGUGAUUGAAGGAAUGUCACCAUUAUUCCACAUAAAGCAUUUUUUUCUGCAUGGUUUUUCCUCGCAUUAUAUUUUUCACAGACUGCUCAUUUCAUAUGCAAAAAGUGAUAUUAUAAUUACUUAUCAUCACCAGUUAUUCUGCUGAUGAUCCUUUAAAAAAAAAUGUCGUGGAAAUGUUAUUUUGACUAUGCUGGUAUAGUCUUGGUCAUUUUUUUUUUUAUUAUUAUUAUUAUGAUGCAAUACCACUGUUAAAUUCCGUGCCUGUUUUAUCCCAUAGAAGCAAAAAUGCUAAUAUAUCUACAUGAAAGUAAAUAAAUAGUUUUGCAUUGCAAUAAAGAGCUCUUUGAUC